GAAAAUUCCCUAAACACUAUUCUAGACGCAGCCAGUCACUGCUACAGGUUGUCCCCGGUCGUGAAACUAAACUAAUUUGCUCUCGUUUAAUUCUAUUUUCGCUCGAAUUAUUCGAUAAAAGAUAAGUGAAAUAGAGAAGAUUGUGAGAAUACGAGUGCGGGUGGAUACAGACUACCGGGACAGAGUCAGGUCAUGCGGGGGUGGCAGUUUGGCAGUUAACGAACUGAAUAGAAUACAGACUAGUAUCCGGCAGAUACUCGUGCGACAUACGUAAGCCAAUUGUCCAAACUGAAUCUUUUUUUUUUGGGUAAUUAGGGCUGGAACAUUGGGUCGGAGGCCAGAAUAAAUUACUUUUAGUAAUUUUCCGGUCUGCUUUGUUUGUCUUUUGCUGAAGUUGAAUAGGACGCUCGGAAGGGCGGUUGCUUCAGUUGACACAGUGCACUACCUAGACUGGAUAGUACGUACUCGCAGUAAUAGUUGAAACUAUUUUUAGCGUAUUUCGCGAGUGAAGCGUUUAUUUUAAUUGCUUCCAUUGUGGUAAUUAUAUCUACAACUGUGACAGGCUUUUAGCCAUAGUUACUCAGUGACCAUGUAAUAUGCAGAAAGUGUGUUAUUUCCCGUGCUAAAUCGGUGCUCGUAGUGAUUCCACUGUUGUGUUUCAAUAUUUGCAUUGGAUUCGCCAAUUAGGUGAUGCACAGAACUUGUGGUUACGAAAUUCGUGAAGUGAUGCGUAUCUAAGUUGAAGUUCUAUGUUGAGUGUAACUCUGGAAAAUUGUAGCGAGAUCAUGAUGUAAAGUGGUUACUAGCGGCGCAUAGAGUUGGUCCUCGGCAGUCGUGCAUCCAGUGUGGAUAUAUAGAAGAAAAGUGGUGUGUUCUUUAAUCAGAAAUGGCGUUCCUAAGUGUAUUCUUAAUUGUUGCCAUCCCGGCAGGAAUAUAUUACUUACUGGUAAAGUAUCCUUUCUACACGAAAAUGACAAUUUUCUUCAGUGGCUGUGCCUUGAUAUGUACAUUGGCUCUUCCAUUUCUGUUCUUUAGACCCAGGGACUAUCGAAAUGCAAUGAUCCCGGCGGCGUUCGCUCGGGCUGUUGCCAGGAUGCUGAACAUUACAAUGGAAAUACGAGGCUUGGAGAACGUUAGAACUGAUCGGGGAGGCAUUGUGUUGCUCAAUCAUCAAAGUUCACUUGAUUUGCUUGUUACCGCCUACCUGUGGCCCGUAAUUGGCUGCGCUACCGUAGUAUCAAAAAUCGAAGUGUUCUACAUACCCAUCUUCGGACUGGCCUCCUACCUCUGGGGUACCCUCUACAUCAAUCGGAAGAAUAGUGCUGGCUCAGUAAAAGCACUGAAUAAGGAAUCAAAAGCCAUCAAUGAACGGAAUGCGAAAUUGUUGAUAUUUCCGGAAGGCUCAAGGAGUCAAAGCGAGAAGUUACUGCCAUUCAAAAAGGGAGCCUUCCACAUAGCUCUGGACUCCAAAUGCCCCGUGCAGCCUGUUGUCGUAUCCAAAUAUUAUUUCCUGGACAGUAAAACGAAACGCUUUGAUAAAGGUCAUGCCAUUAUACAUAUCUUGCCGGAAAUUUCAACGGAAACGUAUAGCAAGGAUACAAUGAAUGCUCUAAUGGAUGAUUGUCGGAAUGUAAUGCAGGACGAGUAUACGAGAUUGAGUCGGGAAGUGAUUGAGCUGCAAAAAUGUGGGAAGUUUGAAUAGUAGCGUCUAAGGGAUGACCAUCGGCGAUAGUGUAUAGUUACCGAAUAUUAGCUUUGUUGUGGGGUGAAGUACUUAAGUCAGAAUGAGAUGUUUUCAUGUUGUCAGGCGUUUACGUUGUUUGAAUGUUGAAUGGGGGGGAGAUCACUAAUCUAUUGUUUUGUAAAUAUCAUAUCUUAAUUAAAGUGCACUCUUAAUUUUA